CGUGAGAAUCGCAUUUUUAUUGAAACAACCUCAGAUUAAACAUUGAAUUUUUGAUAUUAUUUCCAUAAUACUCAGUUAACCUUGAUUUGUCUAUUCCCCCAUUCCAUCCAGGUUGACGAAAACAGGAGCAGGCUCUUUUCGUCCUUUCCUCUAUCAUUGGCUGUUGUCCACCUAGGUCACGCCAUAAGUUGAUCAGGAAAGACACCACCAUCACUCACGCCAUGGUGCAGGGCGAUGCUGAAAGCGGCUCAGGCUCGGACCUUGAUGUAUUCCCCUGGCAUCUGGGGGUCUUCGACGCCCACUGCCACCCUACCGAUACGAUGAGCUCCAUCGACACAAUUCCUCAUAUGAAGGCAAAUGUUCUGACAGUAAUGGCCACAAGAGCACAAGACCAAAAGCUUGUGGCCAAAAUUUCUGAAGCAUAUGGUGUCGACUUGGAAAGUUUCAAGCAACAUGGAAAGAUCACCGGACGUGUUAUUCCGUGCUUUGGUUGGCACCCGUGGUUCUCUCAUCAAAUGUAUGAUGACGUUGGAAACGCUUAUGAGCCUACGGACUUGAUCCAAAGAAAAAUCAAACACUAUCAAUCUGCUUUAUUACCAGCCCCUGAAGAUUUGGAUUAUAUUGCGUCUCUUCCGGAACCUUUUUUGCUGUCCAAGUUCCUCAAGGAGACGAGAGCAUACCUGGAAAUGUAUCCCCUAGCACUUGUUGGAGAGAUAGGUUUAGAUAAGUCAUUUAGGAUCCCAGAGGAGUGGGAAUCCGAGCUCGAGAAGUCUAGAGAUAUGGAAAUCACUCCUGGGGGAAGGGAAGGCCGCCGCCUUACUCAAUAUCGAGUGAACAUGGGGCAUCAGAAGCAGAUCUUACUUGCGCAGCUCGGAUUAGCAGGCGAGCUCCAGAGGGCAGUAUCUGUUCACGGAGUUGGGGCACAUGGUUUUCUUUAUGACGCUCUGGAAGAAACAUGGAAAGGUUAUGAAAACAAGGUUGUCAGCAAACGGAAGAAAAAGCUCACAAAGGGUCUUGAGUUCUUACCAGACGAAGAGGAGGAUGAGAUCCAAUCGGACGCUCAAACCUCUAAGCCAUUUCCUCCACGAAUAUGCCUGCAUUCAUAUUCUGGCAGCCCACAGCUUCUGAAGCAGUACUUUCAUCCUUCCGUGCCUAUUGCGGUUUACUUUUCAUUCUCAUCGGCCAUAAAUAUGUCAUCGGCGGGCUCAGAAAAGGCAAUUGAGGUUAUUAAGCAAGUCCCAGAUGAUCGAAUACUUCUUGAAAGCGACCUGCAUACUGCUGGCGAAGAAAUGGAUAGGAGACUUGAGGAGAUGGCUCGGAAGAUAUGCAAUAUCAAGGGCUGGAGCUUGGAAGAUGGCGUUAAGCGGCUUGGGGAAAAUUGGCGUCGUUUUGUCUUUUCCUGAGAUAUCACAAUGCACUAAAACUGUUGAUCUCUAUACAUUGAAAUACAGAUGAUAUUCAAC